GGAAAGUGUGAGUUGAAGGAGGGAAGGUGCGACAGCUCAGUUGCCGAAGUCCCUCUGCCGCCACGGCGCUCAACGGUGUUGUUCGUGUCGGUAGCGCUGCUGGUGCUGCUGUAGGCAUGGAGCGCUGCGCCGGCUGCUCGCAGCCCAUCCUGGAGCGCUUCCUCCUCAGCGUGCUGGACAGAGUGUGGCACUGCCGCUGCGUGCGCUGCUCCGACUGCCGCUGUAGCCUGAGCCGCAGCUGCUUCUCACGCGAUGGAAAGAUUUACUGCAAGGACGAUUUCUUCCGCCGUUUUGGCACGAAGUGUGCCGGCUGCCUUCAAGCCAUCUUCCCCAGCGACCUUGUCCGAAGGGUUCGGGAAAAGGUGUUCCACCUGACCUGCUUCACCUGUACAGCCUGCAACAAGCAGCUCAAUACCGGGGACGAAAUGUACAUUAUUGAUGAAAACAACUUUGUGUGCAAAGAUGAUUAUUUGAAAAGCAGCACCGUUACGGAAAUCGGUGUAAAUUCAGAGGAAAGUUUAUCUCCUGACAUUCAAGACGACACAGAAGAUGAACCAAAAGAAACCGAUAUCUCAGCUUCCUCAGAUAAGGAAAUUAAUGACACUGAAAAUGAGUAUCAGAACUCGUGUACAAAGAGGAGGGGGCCUCGAACCACCAUCAAAGCCAAACAACUGGAAAUGCUGAAGGCUGCCUACGCUUCCACACCAAAACCCAGCCGGCACGUCCGGGAGCAGCUGGCUCAAAAAACCGGACUUAACAUGCGUGUCAUACAGGUGUGGUUCCAGAACAGACGGUCCAAAGACCGACGGAUGAAGAUGUAUGGUAGCUCAAACAGGUCCACCCGUCGGCACUCCAUCAUUCACAGCCCACACAGAAGGAGCACGUUGGGUGCCAGAGUGGAGGACCCAGCAUUCCUAGAGAUAGAGCCUUAUAACUAUUACAGAAAUUAUGAAAGUGACUACUUUAGCCCUGAAAGGACCUACACCUUCUUCUCGCAUGGCUGUACAACUCAGGCAUUGUCCACAGUCAUGCCCAACUACAUUCUUGCCUCAAGACAUGACCCCAUGGAGGAGUCCAUCUCAAAUCAUCAUGUCACAGAUAACUAA